UUUGAAGACAGAGGCCUGAGUCACUGAGCUUGUCGGCGUGGAGCUGAAUUUGUGACUAGCAGUAUUCCACUUUUCCUGUCCAUUCAAGGGCAUUGUUGGGGGCCCUAAGAUCAGAGUUGCACUGAGGCCUGUCAGAAAAGCAGUGAAGCCUUAUGGACCCUCCCAGACGAGUGAAGCUUUGCCGCAGAGGAUGUAUAAGUUGACACGGUGGCUUCCUCCAGUAAAUUCCCAGAUCUGACCUCUCACAGCCAUGGGGGACUGGAACCUGCUGGGAAAGCUCCUAGAAAAAGCUCAGGAGCACUCCACCGUGGUGGGGAAGGUGUGGCUCACUGUCCUGUUCAUAUUCCGCAUCCUGAUCCUGAGCGCUGCGACAGAGAAGGUGUGGGGCGACGAGCAGUCGGGCUUCACCUGCGACACCAAGCAGCCUGGUUGCGAGAACGUGUGCUACGACAUCACUUUCCCCAUAUCCCACGUCCGCUUUUGGGUGCUGCAGAUAAUCUUUGUGUCCACACCCACUUUAAUAUACCUGGGGCACAUUCUCCAUCUUGUGAGGAUGGAGGAAAAGGAGAAAGAGAAGGAGAGAGAAAAGGAGCAUGCUCAUCAUUCAGACAAACAGACUCUCAUUGUGGACUUGAAGCACAAGAAGGCUCUGAUAAGGGACAAUAAGGGGAGGGUGCGCCUGCAGGGGGAGCUUUUGCGCACAUAUGUCUUCAAUGUAAUCUUCAAGACGCUGUUUGAGGUGGGCUUCAUUGUGGCCCAGUACUUUUUGUACGGCUUUGAGCUGAAACCUAUGUAUGCGUGUGAGAGACCACCCUGCCAAAAUGUGGUCAACUGCUACAUAUCCCGCCCCACAGAGAAAACCAUCUUCAUCAUCUUCAUGCUCGGAGUGGCCUCUUUCUCUCUGUUACUCAACCUCAUAGAGAUCUACCAUCUGGGCUUCACCAAGUGCCGCCAGGGCAUCACCUUCAGGAGACGUAACCAGUCCCAUGAGAGUAUCUCCAAGGAGCCCAUUGAGGCUGCAGGGCUGUUUGCCCCAAGUUACGACGACUGCUUCCAGGGGCACCGCCAAGUCCAGCCUGCUUACCCGCCCGUACCCUGCUACACUGCGGCCACAGACUCGUCCUUCCACCCCUACCACAGUAAGGCAGCCUACAAACAGAACAAGGACAACUUAGCGGUGGAGAGGAGCAGCAGCAGCAAGCCAGAGGAAUGUGACCUGAAAGGAAAGAAGGGAGCAGGAUCUGCCCCUGGGUCACCUACGCAGGCCAGGCCCGGCCACAGUGCCAAACACAGCAGCAACAAGACUAGAAUAGAUGAUCUGAAGAUAUGAAGAGGUUUAUGUUUCUCUGAGGGGUCUUAAAAUGUGUGUGGGGCUCAUAUGUUGUUUGGAAGUGUUCAUACAUGCCAAACUGACUCCCACUCUUCAAGAUGGCACCGCUUUGACUCAUUCCAACUUGGAGGGGAGGUAUUCACAGAGCACAGAGAGAAGCCUGAAAUGGCACCACAAAGACAUUUCUAAUAAACCUUCACAAUAAAGGAGAUUCUGCUUCUUUACUGGUCCUUUUAUAUAUGGAGAAACAAAAAUGGAUUUCACUUUGGACUACAGCAGUAAAUGUUGUGGCAACAGACUAGUUUUGGUACUGGUGUUUUCUAAAGUUGUGUUGAUUGGUGUGAAGCUUUCCGCCAUUCAGUUUUAUCACUCAUAUCAAAUCUACAAAAGAGAGUCGGCUCGGGUUUACAGAGAGCUCAUCUUUAUUUUUCUCAACGCGUGAAGAAUCUAGAAUCCAGGGCAGGAACUUGCACAGCACUGGCCUGACCUCAUUCAAGGAAAUCAGAUAGGGAGAAAAGUUAAAUUUAACUCCCUUUAACUGUUUUGAGGUCAUCAUCUAGCAUAGUUCACUUGCUUAGACUUGAAGUGAGGAGUUGUGCAAUACCUGACAAUUCAUUGGAGGCUGGAACUGCAGUUACUCCAGAAUGCGCCUCAAAAAGAUAUUGCACUGGUCUCAGGAGUUCCCACAUUUGUACUGUCUCUUUGUGGGGUUUUUUUUUUUUUUGGUUUUUUUAAAAU